AUGCCUUCACGCGUCUUCAACUUCUGGACGCGUCAGACCGCACCUACAGUCCCGAUCGAGAUGCCACCUCCUAGCUCAGCCCCCAUACCGACUUCGUCACCUCUGUCGUCGCCCACAUCUUUUGUCACCGCGACCGCGACCGCAACCCCGCCGAACCGCCGGGAUGGCACCGUGACCGACAUCAGCAGCCCUGCAGGUGGUGACGUCGGGGCGAGCUCAGGCUUGCUGGACCAGUACCAGAAGGCCAGGCGCCUGCCACCCGAGCUCAAGGAGCACUGCCGCGUCUACCUGGAAGAGAACCUGCAUCAGCAAACCAUACACCUCUUGGGCAGCCUGCUCACCUCGCGACGGACCGACCAUCGAGCGCCCGCCUACUGCCCACCUCCCAGCCAGCUAUCCUUGCUACUUGGGCUCGUUGUCCAUCCCGACUUCACAACGAGACCGAAAGAACCAGAAUGGCCCGAGGCUGCAAUCGAGUCCCUAGCCUACCUGCGCACCACACUUGCUGUCUUCGGUCCUGUCCAAGCCGGGUUCAAGGAAUCCACCCGUUUCAGUCAUGCCUCGUCCUCAUCAUCCCGCGGCGGCACUCCCGACUCGGACUCUGAACCCGAUGCCAACGACAAGGACCGCGAUGAGCGCGGCGAAGUACAACUGGCCGGUAGAUACGCCGAGGCUAGUGUAUGGAAGCGCGGGCAGGACUUCUUCACUGUGGUCGGCUGGGUCUUCAAUUGCAGCGUUUUGUACCCGAAUCGAUGGCGUUACUGGAAGCCCUGGCUCGAGUUUAUGCUCGACGUGCUAGACAAGGAUCUGGAGGAGAGAUACGAGCUGGAUUCCCAGAGCGGGCGCGACGACAUGCCCGAACUUGGCCAAUCAAUCCUCGCAAGCUACGUCAGUCAGUGUUCUGGGCGCACAGCUGGCGGUAUCAAGCGGAUCAUGAAGGCCAUCUUUGCCGAUGGAAGUAAGCCCGCCACCUCUCUAUUCCAGGAAGUCUGGGUCAAGGAGCAUAAGGAGAAGUCGCACAAUGCUAUGAACAAGAGGAAGCGGGAAAAGGUCAACAUCGACAAGGGCGAAUUUGGAGGGUGGCUUGACAAUGACUCGGUAUAUUCGUCCCAGGCUUCGGAACCGCCAACGCCGCAGAAGCGAAGAACGAAUUCGGGAAGCGUGGACAAGCACGAAUUCCAGGCCCUCGAGUCAACCUAUGUCGAAUCUAUCCCGCUACGUCAACGCCUGUUCUCCACGCUUUCAUACCUUUGCUACCACCUUCCCGACUCUCCCCUGGAUGUGUCAGAUCUCUAUGAGAGUUUCGAAGCAACAACAAAGAGUCUGCCUUUACCCAUUUUCACAGCUUUCGUUACCAGCACCACGUCUCAGCUGCUAAGGAGCCAGCAAAUAUCAGCCCUCCAAGGCAUUCUAUCACUACUGAUGCCCUCCAGUGCCUUGUCUCCCGCCAAAGUGGACCGCGGAAGGCAUGAUGAUGGGGGUAUCUCACCCGCGAUUCUGGAGCACUGCUUCCUCCCUUACUCGGCAAACACUAUCACGGCAGAGGACAAUGCAAAGGUGUCCGUACUACUCGAGCAGUUGAUGCACAUCGUUUGGCUUGACGGGACCGAAGACUUCAGCCAGGAUCUCUUGUCUGCCGUGGGGCGUGGCAUUGAGGCUCGAAAUGCCAAGAUCAAGAAGAAAAAGACUCGCGGCCGUGGUAAUACUGACGAUCCUGAUAUGGAAGCCAGAGCUGUUCUGGACAUGUCAAGUGAGAGGCUGGUGAUUCUUGCAGAGCUGUUGCGGGAUGCUUCCACGGACUUAGAGGACGGUAUGGACGCAGACGAAGACGAAAGAGAAGACGAGGACGAGGAUGAGGACGAGGAAGGUUGGUGA